GCCAUGAAGACUCAACCAGAUCACUUCUCUCUUUUAUCUCAAACGGUUUCUGUUCAUCAGUCACUCUGAAAGACCAUUGUUUCAUCAGACUCCAAACACGGACAACGAGAGCUUUUACUUUGGAACAGAGCUGUUGUCGACAUGGUCCUUCACCUUUUCUUUCAAAUCACAUUCAUUCUCAUCUUUACCUCAGCACUCUCAGUGACUGGGUGUCAACUUGACGUCAGGCAACCACAAGAGCUGCUCACUGGGAGAAAAAAAGAGUCAGUAUUUGUCCAGUGCCAUACCAACACGUCUGCCUGUUCAAGCAGCACACCAGAAGUUCUUUGGUAUGUGUUUACAAGAGACUCCCACCAUCAGCUGGACGCAAAGAGUCAGCCAUUGAAGUACCAACUGGACAGCCAAGGCCUUCAAAUCAAAUCCCUCACAACCAGCGAUGGUGGGGUUUAUUACUGCGCUGUGAUCUUGCCUGGUCAGGUCAAGAAUGGAACGCAGACUUUUGGAAGUGGCACCACGGUAACUGUGAUAGAGGAUGUCUACCGCACAAGCCUAGCUGUGCUGUUAGUGUUGCUGGUCUUACUGACCCUCUACAGCCUCACAAUCCUGACCAUCAUCAUCUGUACAAAGACCGGACAACGCACAUUAUCUUUAAAAGGACGGACCAAGAGAAGUGACAGAAAGAGUGGCUCGUCCACACGAGUCCAUUUCGGAGCUGUGGUGCAAGAGCUUUACAGCAAGAGGAACUUGCGCAAUAACAAGAAGAACUCUGCCGACGUCUCGCAGGAAAACAAGUGUGAAAAUCCAUGGACCAGUGCCAAUAAAGAAGACAUAUACCAAAAUCUGGACGAGACUGAUAAAUGUUGAUGCUCCUGCUGUGUGUUAAACAUGUGGAACAAGCAACAAGAAGGAUGAGAAAUGGAAAAAAUGGAGAGUGACCUGAAGAGAAUACAGUAUUAUACGGUACAUACAUUGCUCUGGGUAGACAUUGCUCCAUAGGGCCAGCUUCCUCUUCUACAAGUCCUGAUUGUAAUCAUAAUAAGACAAACUGUGAAGUAUGUCAGACUAAAAUACGAAAGUAUAUGUGUGUAUCUAUCUAUCUAUCUAUCUAUCUAUCUCUCUCUCUCUCUCUCUCUCUCUCUCUCUCU